AUACUUUGAAUUUAAAUCCAUAUCCACCGUUGGAUCACAGAAUCCCCUUCUCUCUCCUUCCUUUUCUGCGUUUCCUCAUUUCAUUUCUCAUUUCCCAUCCCAGUCUCUCUCUCUCUCCGUCUUUCUUAUCAUUCCAACAACAAACUCAACUCACUCAUCUCCGCAAAUUCUCCGCCGCAACCGUUCGCAGCACGAUGCCGUUCCUAUCCGAGGCCGCCAGUGCGAUUAAGAGCAGGUUCGGUUUCCACGACCAUCCCUCCGAAUCACUUUCGCUGGUUCAGAACACUCCCGAUCUUCUCAAAUCCGCCACCAAGGACACGCUCGCGCAAAGCUCCAUAGUCCGAAACCUAGCCCAUUGGGACGAUGAGAGUGUAGCUGGACCGAGUAGCGCCGCGGUUUCGUCCUCUCAGAGCUUCGAACUCCGCGAGGAUCCUUCCUUCUGGAAAGAUCACAAUGUACAGGUUAUAAUUAGAAUGCGUCCUCUUAGCAACUCGGAGAUAUCGGUGCAAGGAUAUGGAAAGUGCGUUAGGCAAGAGAGUUGUCAGACAAUUACUUGGACUGGGCAUCCUGAGUCGCGGUUUACUUUUGAUCUUGUUGCUGACGAGAAUGUUAGCCAGGAGAAUCUCUUUAAAGUAGCUGGUUUGCCAAUGGUGGAAAAUUGCAUGGGAGGCUACAACAGCUGCAUGUUUGCUUAUGGUCAAACUGGAAGUGGGAAGACACACACCAUGCUUGGUGACAUUGAGGGGGGAACUAGAAGACACAGUGUCAACUGUGGGAUGACGCCAAGAAUUUUUGAGCACUUAUUUACGAGAAUUCAAAAGGAAAAAGAGGCUCGAAGAGAUGAAAAGUUAAAAUUUACAUGCAAAUGUUCUUUCUUGGAAAUAUACAAUGAGCAGAUCCUUGAUCUUUUGGACCCAUCAUCUAACAAUCUGCAGAUAAGAGAAGACAAUAAGAAAGGAGUUUAUGUGGAAAAUCUUAAGGAAACAGAAGUUACUUAUGCACGAGAAGUCAUUCAACUACUUAUUCAGGGUGCUGCGAACAGGAAGGUAGCUGCCACUAACAUGAAUCGUGCUAGCAGUCGUUCUCAUAGUGUAUUUACUUGCAUCAUUGAGAGUCAGUGGGAAUCUCAAGGAGUGACUCACUUUAGAUAUGCUCGACUUAAUCUUGUUGAUUUGGCUGGAUCUGAGAGGCAGAAGAGUUCUGGUGCAGAAGGGGAACGGCUCAAGGAAGCUACUAAUAUCAACAAAUCUCUUUCAACCUUGGGGCUUGUGAUUAUGAACCUAGUAAGCAUAUCUAAUGGCAAGUCGCAACAUGUUCCAUACCGUGAUUCAAAGCUUACAUUUUUACUUCAGGAUUCUCUUGGAGGGAAUUCAAAAACGAUCAUAAUUGCAAAUAUAAGCCCCUCCAUUUGUUGUUCACUUGAGACAUUAAGCACAUUAAAGUUCGCACAACGUGCCAAAUUUAUUAAGAACAAUGCAAUUGUAAAUGAGGAUGCGUCUGGAGAUGUCAUUGCCAUGAGAAUUCAAAUUCAACAACUUAAGAAGGAAGUAUCCCGUUUACGUGGUCUAGCUGCUGGGGGAGAAAUUCAGGAUAAUGACACUUCAGUAAUCAGCUUUCCAGGUUCUCCUGGAUCCUUCAAGUGGGACGGUGUCCAAGGAUCAUUCAGUCCAUUAACAUCUGUUAAAAGGACAUCUCAGAAAAAAGAUUACGAUAUUGCCCUUGUUGGGGCCUUUAGAAGGGAAAAAGACAAAGAAAUGGAAUUACAGGCACUAAGAGAUGAAAUUCAAGCGUCCAUGAAGCUGGUGAAGCAAAGAGAAGAUGAGAUACAAAGUUUAAAAAUGAGACUACGUUUUCGAGAGGCUGGAAUAAAAAGGUUAGAAGCAGUUGCUUCUGAGAAGAUAACAGCUGAGACACACUUGCUGAAAGAAAAAGAGGAUCAUUUAAAGGAAAUUGAGGUUUUGCGGGCCCAGGUGGAUCGGAGUACUGAAGUAACUAGGUUUGCUAUGGAAAAUUUGCAGCUAAAAGAAGAAAUUAGAAGGUUAAAGGCAUUUUGUAUGGAGGGCGAACGAGAACAAAUGAGUGAACAAAUCAUGGUUUUGGAAAACAAGUUGUUGGAAGCACUAGAUUGGAAAUUUAUGCAUGAACCAGAUCUGAAAACAAAUUCUGAUUCGAUGAUUGAAGAUGUACAUAAUGAUGGUAAUCUCGUCUCCAAACAGGACUCAAGCCCAAAAUCACGUUGGCAUUCUUCUCUUAGGGAGGAAAAUGAGUUUCUCCGGAUUCAGGCUAUCCAAAACCAGGCAGAAAUGGACACAAUUCACAAGAAGCUAGAGGUUUGCCUUGAAGAGAAGGAAAAAUUGAAAAGGCAUGUUGAUGAUUUGACGGAAAAAUUAGAACAAGAUAAAUCCCAAACCAUUAAUGAAGGAAAAGAGCAAAUGUACCUUCCAUCAACAACGGAUAUGCCUGUCAUUAACAGCAAUGACCAACUAGAAUUGAAAGCAAUGGUUGAUGCUAUAGCUGCUGCUAGUCAAAGAGAAGCAGAGGCUCAUGAGACAGCAAUUAUGCUGGCUAAAGAGAAUGAUGAACUCAAGAUGAAGCUUAAAACCUUGAUUGAGGAUAAUAGUAAACUAAUUGAAUUGUAUGAACAAGCGGCUGCUGAGAGUAAUAUUAAAAAUGUUAAUAAAGGGGAGGAUACUCAAGAAAUUGGUUCCAAGAUUGGCAGUGGUUGCUAUUCUCUUGAAACAACAAAAGAGGAGACCGAGUUGAAAGGAAUGGUUGAGAAUCUUCAGCAUCAGUUAAUGGAAUUAAAUGAAGAAAAUGAAAAGCUGAUGAGUUUGUAUGAAAGAGCCAUGCAGGAGAGGGAUGAUCUUAAAAGAACUCUUUCAAGUUUUGAACAUGAAAGAGUUGAAACCAAGGGAGUAAUGGACUGCCCAGAAAAGCUUGUUGAAGUUGAUGGUGGGGAAAGAGACUCCAGAGUAGAAACUGUUUCCCAGGAAGUGCAGGGUAGAGGUGAAGAUAAAUAUGAACCAACUACAUCUGUGUCUGAUAUGGACCUCGAGUGUGAUGCACCUGAAAAACAAGAAAAGCUUAAUAGUGAGGCUGAUGUACUGGUCAACUCUGAGAAGAAAUAUGAGGUAUCAGAUCUCAGCGAGGCUAAGCUAUCAGAGGAAUUACAUUGUGCUACAAAGAAGCUUGAAAGAGUUGAUGAACAUAUCUCAGACGCAGUCAAGACUAUAGCUUCACUUGGUUGUGCAGAAAAAGCAAUGGUCCAAGUCGAUGAGCUCUCUAGAGAAAUUGAUGUCACAGAGCAUGAUAUUCAGGUCAAGCGUCAGCAGUUUGAAUCCUUGAAACUACUGCUUUCUGAAGCACAGAAAAGAAGAACAAUAGCUGAUAAAAAGUUCUCUGCUCUCAAAUAUUCAUUAUCAAACUUUUACUCAACAUUUUCUUACUUUGAGCAACGGGAAUCAAGGGCAAAAGCAAUGGUGAGCGACUUGACAUCUCAUCUUGACAAAAAGAAAGUGGAAUUGACAGCUCUUCUAGCUGCCAAACAGGGAUUGGAGAAUGCUCAGAAGAAGAACCAAGAAUCCGAGGUUGAAUUAGUGAAGAAUAUUGCUUGCAUUAAAUCAAAACUGGAGGAAGAGACUCGCAAGCGGGAAGGUGAAAAGGUUCUAUUCGCAGUUGAAAACACACAGAAUAUAGAUUCCUCACUGAAAAAUUGGCAUCUUUCAGCCACCGAGUUACUCAAGUUAGAGGAAGAGAAAACAAAACUGCAAGCAGAGAUGAAACUUUAUCAAGAAAAACUCGGGGCUCUAAGAAAGGAACUGGGAAAUCUAAGCAAGAAGGUGGCAAAUGCAGAGAGCCAGAUUCAAGCUGUUCAACUGGAAAUAAAGCAAUGUUUAAGGAACACAGAGGAGAAGGAGGUUGCACUUCAACGAGUGAUGAAAGAGAAAGAGAUGCUCUUGGAAUUUAGAGAUAAUGGUAUGCUUGAAAUAGGGCAAAUGAUCAUUGAACUCCAGCAACAUGUGUUUGACCAUGAUCUAAAGGAGGCUGAAAUAAAUGUUCUAGGAGAAGAAUUGCAAAUAGAUUUGUCAAAAGCCGAAGAGUUACAGACAGCUAGGGCCAUUGCUGCCAACAACAAAAACAGUGUCCUUUCUUCCAUUUCUAAUUCAAGCAUGUUUGAGAAGCUGGAGGAGGAGAUGAAAAAUAUGCGAGCGUCUAUUCUGGAAACAAAAUCGUUGCUGGAAGGCAUUUCCCAUGCCACCUAAACUGUUGAUUUCUGUAACUAAUUAUCCACUUGUUAAUUGUAGCAUGUUUUGUUUGAUUUCCAUUUUGGUUCUGCUUGAGAACCAGAUUGAAAUUUUUUUCUAACUCUUCUUUUGGAGAAUAAUGCAUUGUCAUUUUAACCAAUCUCAUCACCCUCUUGAACUGAUUCACCCACAAGACCAAGUUGUUGUACACUACCGCUAAGACGUUGUGAACUGCAUAUAUUUAAAAUCUGUGAAGUAAUACAGCUGCACCUAUCGUAAUGUUGUUUUGGUGAA